UGCUCAAGGUCAAUAACUAUGUUUUUUGGAGAAUUUUAAAUAUUUGUGUUUUGAAUAUUAACAUAGUUUCAAAGGUACUCACCUGUACUGAAUGUUUACUUUGUGUUGAUAACCUGCUAAAUCCUGAGUUAGUCCUGCCCAGCCGUCCAUGAUGGUUGAUGAACCGACCUAUUCACUUCUGACAGACCUAACGUGCCCUAACUGUUCAAACUACUUCACACCACCCAUCACAAUUUGUCCAGUUGGCCACAGCAUGUGCCACGCUUGUUCCGGCAAGCUGCGACAAUGUCCAGUGUGCAACAUAACCCUGCCAAAGACCAGGAACCUAACGUUGGAAAAUUUAUGUGCCAAGGUGAAUUUCCCCUGCAAGUACCGCUACCUAGGUUGCGACAAGUUGAUCACGGGAUCAGCUUUGAAGCAACACCAACGCGAGUGCCCCUACGCCAUCCAGUGCCCGGGUUGCUCACACCACUUCACACCUCCAAUCAAAACGUGCCAACUUGGACACAACAUGUGCAAGACUUGCUCCGACAGGUUUCCAGGUUGUCCGGUGUGCCGAAGUCCCCACUCAAACACCAGGAACUUGGAACUGGAAGGCGUUUGUGCCAACCUGAGCUUCCCUUGUAAAUAUGAGUCUUCAGGUUGUAAAAAGUUGAUCAGGGGGUCACACUUGAAGCAACAUCAUCUGGAGUGUGGUUAUGGUGACAAGUUGUGCCCUAUGUAUGUGUGCAACAUAGAGGGAAACAGGAGUGAAAUGGAGACGCACUUGUUGGCAAAUCACGCAGACAACAAAAUAUUCUUUGGGGAUUUCAGCACGGUGAUCAGUUUUAAAAAGGACUCCCAUUGGAGGACUGUAAUUAAAAAGUUCGACGAAGUUUUUAUCCUGACUGUUAUUGCAGAUAAAACGACAAAAGUUAUUAAAACUUACUUAAAUUCGUUGUUUGAGCUGGAUAAUUUUGUCACAUACCAUUUCGUCUUAACUUUGUCAUAUAAGGACAAACCUUUGUUUGCUUCAGUUGGUGUUUGCCAUGAUUAUUGUGAAACACAACCUGAUGAUUAUUUUGUAGUUCCUAAGGAAGUUGUACUCGAAUUCGAAGCUAAAUAUGACAAUAAAAUUUAUUUCACUGCUGCUAUUUUCAAGACACCAACUGAUUAUUGAUUAUUAAUUUUGAAUAAAAUGCUUGUCAAGGAAAA